UUUUAUGGGUUCACUCAUUCACUACCUGCUAUAUCCACCACACUUCCACAUAACCCUUGGACAAAACGAGCAAGGCACUCGAGAGGUCAUUCUUACUUUCAUGUCUGCCGCAUCACUCGCUCGACGGUGGUCAAUACAUACUCUGCCGGCGAUGCUUGUAUUCCCACAUUCGUCAUGACUCUUCCAUCUGUCCCUUUACCUGGAAAUGUCCCAUUCUCUGUGCUUCACAUUGCCCUCCUACUCCAGCUGGUUCUCCUUCACCUACCUAACUCUCCCAGCUUACCUUCCGCAAUAAAGCCUGAGAGCACCAUACCCCUCUCUACGUUGCUUUCAGCACGGAGCGACUCGCAUCGUCAUACCAGUCACCCUCUUUUUCUUUCCGGUCCUAUUACUCACGACAUUCCUCGUAUCUGCCUCGCUUGUCGACACUCCCCUGUUGGUGUUGACAAACACUCUGGAAGUAGCUCCGUUGGAUAGCCGAUUCUCGUUCUUCAU